AUUUGAAAACAACCGCACGUUUUUGUGUGUCUGUGUGUGUGAGGUCGAGGGUACGUGCUAUAGCGCUAGCGCUUGUACUGCUGUGAGUAUAAUUCAGCGGAACAUCAUUAGUAAGAGACGCCAAAGGUUCGGGCCGGGCGAGGCUAGUAAAAGGCGGUGUAAUAAGGCUCAAUCGAAAUUCAGCAUAGCAGCGCGUACGGGGUACGGUAGAUAGGUUGAAGAUGAUCCGGAUCCGGCCCAAAAUCAAUAGAUAGAUCUACGAAGUUCCUCAUCUCUUGACUUGAUUGCAUUAUUAACCUGUGAUUUUACAAAUUCAUCUUAAUUUGAAAAGACUGUUCCCAAUAUGUCUGAAGAACAAACACUCAAUCCUGCCCCAGCAGAAGUUGAUCAAUCCCAGCAAACAGAAAUACAUGAACCAAGUCAAGAAGUGGAGCAAUCACCCCCUACUACAACUCAAGAAAGUGACAAAGACAUUCAAGAAAAUGCCUUGGAAUCUGAAGAACAAGCAACUGAAAUUCAAGUAGAUAAACCAGAGGAUGUUCCUAUGGCUGAUGAUGAACAGGUUCAAGGUGAUAAAGAUGAACAUCUAGGUGAUGCAAAAGGAGAGGAAGCUGACCAAGUUACCCAAAAUGUGGAUUCUCAAGCUGAAGCUGCUGAUCCAGCUACUGCUGAAGGAGGUCAGGAUGGUCAACAGGAAGCUCAAGCUGGUGCUACAGAUAGAGGGCAAGAUGAACCUACUGACGGUGCUGCAGUAAAAGAAGAUGUUGAUAAUCUUGGAGAGGGUAUUCAAGAACCAGUUCAAGAAACAGAGUCUGGACAGCAGCAACAGACUGAAGAAGGGGUAGCUCCAGUCACAGGGGAUAUGGGUAUGGCUACAGAAGAGACAGGAGAUACCCAUGAGGUAGAUCCACAUGCUUCAUCACCUCAACCAGACCCAGAUAUGAUGGUCAAUGCUACAGCAUCAGUGAAAUUUGUGCUGAUGCCUAGUGGACAAGUUACAACCAUGGCAUGUGCUUUAGGACAAACUAUGCAGGAGUUGAAAGAACAUCUAGCUAGUGAACUGAGAAUGCCAGCAGACAAACUUGUCUUUAUGUUUGAUGGAACUGAUGUUGGUUCAGAUAUGACCUUAGCUUCUAUUGGUGUAGGACCCAAUGGAGCUGUACAGCUGGAGAUAUCCUCUUCAGAUCCUGUCAAUGUCCCAUUGAGGGCUCCGAAGCCUAAACCUGAAUAUAACAUGCCUGACAUCAUUACCACAAGAAUAGAAAGAGAGGAUGGAACUGUUGACGAUGUAGUAGUAGAAAUUGAACGAACUACUAGACGCAAACCUUUCCUUGGUGGAUUCCGUCAUAGGCUUACAGGAGUGGAAUUCCACAAUGCAUCAGCGCAAACGAAAGGCAGAGUGCGUACAGAUGAUGGUAUCACAAGGUUCUGCCGUGAUACUCAGACAGUAUCAGCCAAAAACAGACUUCAACAGACCACCCUGGAUACCUCUACACAGAUGACGACAAUUGGAUGCUAUGUAGCUAAUAUGACUGACAAACUGGUUGUACCUGGGAGGUAUGAGACUGCAGAUGAAUACCACAGCAAACGAUUGGAAAAGGUCAUCAUCUUGCAGUCAUAUUUCCGUAGAUGGCAAGCCAAAAAUAUUGUUGUUCGACUUAAGGAAGACAUGGUCAAAAGACGUGAGUGGGAGCGCCGGGAGGAGAUGCGCAAGAUCAAGGAAAAGGAAGAACGCAUCAGGCGCGAAUUUGAACGACGCAUGAAUCCACGUACAAAAGAAGACUUUGAUCUGCUUUACCAUGCUUUAGAAAAGUGGAGGCAAGAAGAACUGGCACAAAUUGAUGAAACAACAGGUGGUGCACAACGUAAAGCUGCUCUGUGCCACUUGUUGGACCAAGAGACCCAGUUAAUUGCAGCUAUAGGAAGACACAAGUUAGAAGCUGACAGUGAGAACAAGCAGAGAUCUAUCCAGAAUUUUCUUGAUAAGGCCGCUGCUCCUAGGAGAUGGAAAGCAUUUGAUGGGAAGUACACUGAAAUGGAUACAGCUUAUACAAUCAGAGCAAGGGAACUCAAAGAUAUCUACAACAGUCUCAAUAUGAAGUAUCUAACCCAAGAUGAGAGGUUGGAUGUCUUACUCACUCUCAAACACACAGUCAAGGAGCAUGAUUGUAAGCUGACACAGGAGAUUAUUCAGUUGAUUGAUCGUGAGGCUGAUCUAUUGAUGAGAGGAGUUAGAGAGUCGAAUCUUGAAGGACUACGUAAGAGAAUAGCUACACUCUUCCUGCAGUAUGUCAAGACACCUACCUUUAAUGCAGAGGCAGCUAGAUUACUCAAGGUGCCCCAAGAUCCGUCCACACUUCGUAAGAACAUCUAUUUCUGCCCAAGCUGCAAUAGCUACCUACCAUCCACAGAAUUCCAGCUUGCUUCCAACUCCUCAAAUGUUGGACGAUGUAGACGCUGUACCAAGCUGGAUAAUGAUGCCAGGACCAGACAGGACUACAGUCAUUUCCGCUUCAUGCUUAAGGGUCUUCGCAAAUCUGAAGAGGCUAUGGGAGAUGGCUCCAGAAUUGCUUUUCUGUUACAGGAAGCUGACCUACGCUAUUUGGUGGUUGAUAUCUGGAGUACCCAGAGCGCCCUUAGUUCUUGGGAAGAUCUCUAUGAUUUAGUACUGGUUCGUUGGGAUAAGGAUGAAGAAUGGUCUCCUUGGAAUUGUAUCCUACUCACCAAGGAUGAGGCUAAAGCCCAUGCACAGAUUGAUGACCUUGAUAAGGCUUAUGGACGUGUUUUCUGCCACAAGAUCAAGACCAAGCAUACACGAGCUCGUAACUACUUCUCCCGUUUGCCUGGUAUGGCUCAAGUUAUGCAUGAGACGGCAGCCAAGAAAAGUCAUCAGGAAAAGAGCAUAUCCAAUAGGCCUGCACUAACACUUCAAGCAUAGUCAGCAUGCCAUAUCUAAAGAGAUCUUAGACCUGCCAUUGAUGGCUUAGUUCAUUGAUUGGAAUGCUGUAUGAAAUCUUAUGAAAGGACUCUUGACCUUUACACACUACACUCAAAGCCUUGACACUACUAAAUAUCCAAUCUUAAACAGAGCAUGAAAUGGGCCACGUCCGCAAUCAAAGUCAAGUGAAAGGUUCAGAUAAACAAACCAAUACUACUUCUUUGACUGAAAACAUUGCCCUUAUGAACAAAACUCUGUUUUCUUACUCCUUUCUAUACAAUGUAACUUAUAUUUCCAUCUUUUCAUUGAAGCAUGACAUGACACUUCUGAAAGGUUAAGUGUCAGUUUGUUGAGAAUAAAAAAGUUUCUAGUAAUACAUAACAUGAAGGAGUCUCUUCUAACCAUAUGCAUAGUAUAAUCAAACACAACAAAUCACUAUUGUGUAAUAGCAAUUGGUGUAUUAAUCAUCCGUCAAGUUAAUGAAUUAAUCAUACUUUAAUAUUCUAAUAUUGAGAAUAAGAAUAAACUUUGAAUUAAUUGCAGUUACAUGGUAAUAUUCUCAAAACUAGAGACAAGUUAUUCAUUCAGUCACACAGUAUAGAAACUGCCUUGGAUUAGUGAUUUGGAUGUUCCUGCGUUGUAUAUAUGACAUAUAUGUAAGCCACAGCUAUGUUGCAUUAUUGAUCAAUCUUAUGCAAUUUGUCGGCUUAGUAAUUCAAAUUCAUGCAUGUUUCUUCAUUGGAAACUUAGUAACAAGGCAUUAAUUUCACUUGUUUGUAAUAAAUAACUACAAUACUUGAAAUAAAUUUAUUGCUCUACAGUGCUUUAAAGAGUAUGCGUAACAUUUGAAUAUUUGAAUAAACGGGUAUAUUCUAGCAAACGCAAACUGCACUUUUCCUUAAAGAGUACCUGUAUGUAUAGACUAAGUUGACCAACAAGCUGCUAUCCAUGUGACCUGGGAAACUAGCUUGUUGGUUCCAUGAUGCUUUCAAUCAAGUUUUUCAUCAGUGUUCUUGUAGGAAUCUAGGAGCCAUUUAUCAGUUUAUUUUUGCUUUCCAAAAUCUAGGAUGAAAGUUGACAUUUACCAAAAUCAAGACUGGAAAACAAAGUGUUAAGGGUUGGAAAGAGGUAUAAUAAAAUAUCUAUUGUUUAUCAUUGCUAUGGAAUUAGUCUUGUUUUAAUGGUCCAAAGAUUUUUAAUGCCAUAUCCGUCCACAUGCGAGGUCACUGUACUAUAUCAUAUUCAUCUAUUUUGUGUGUUUUUAUGAAAUAAUUUAUUGUUAUACAAUAUUGGUAAUAUGUACAGGUGUAUAUUUGAAUUGCUUUUUUAAGGUAGACAUGUUAAUGAUGUGUGUGAACACUCUCUACUAGCUGUCAGUGAAUUCACCAUGCAUAAAUUGAUAUAGUUUAUAAUACUGCUUGGUCCAUCAACAUCAAUCAUUGAUUAUGAUUUGUCAGGAAUCUUUGAUGUCUUAUAGUUAUCAUGAAAGAAUGCAGAACCAAGUUCUGAAACUAUCACAAGUCAUUAACUAUAUUUCAGCGUGAUGCACAUGAACAUUGCAGUUCCAAUAAAUUGUUUUGGCUUAGGGGGAAAUGUGAUACUAAAUAGGGUUCAGCUUGGACUCACUUAUUCGUCUCAAUUCAGAUUUUAGUUUCAGUUUCAAUAUUUCAGAAGACAAUAGCAAAUUUCACAUGCUUUUUCUCCCAAUCUUGAUGGUUCAUGCUAUUCACAGUGAGAAUUAAUUUUGUAUAUAGAAGAAAUGUAAUAUACAAGAAAAUUUGAAGAAAUGUAAUAUACCAGUAUGUUUGUUAUAUAUAAAUAUUUAAUUAUUAAAUGAAAACUCCUAAGAGUCCAAACUA